CGCCGCUAAAACCCCAAGAAGAAGAAGAAGAAGAAGAAGAAGAAGAAGAAGAAGACGUUUUAAGCUACGAAACGUGCAGGAUGUUUUAAUGGUACAAAGACCUCUUAUAAGCCAUAAGAUCGAGACACAUGUGGUUUCUCGUGUCAUGACGCCUUUAACAGACCGAGUGCAGUGAAGCUUGUUCCCUCGCGCCGCGGAACUGCGUCAGUCUUUGUGCCGCCGCCAUCUUCACCAGGAUCCGGAUAAACAGCAGCUGGACAGUGACACACUGAUCUACAGCAAACACACGCGACUACAGAGCGGCGAUGGCCACGGCACCCUACAACUACUCCUACAUCUUCAAGUACAUCAUCAUCGGAGACAUGGGCGUCGGGAAGUCCUGCUUACUGCACCAGUUCACCGAGAAGAAGUUUAUGGCCGACUGUCCGCACACCAUCGGCGUGGAGUUCGGCACCAGGAUCAUGGAGGUGAGCGGUCAGAAGAUCAAGCUGCAGAUCUGGGACACGGCGGGGCAGGAGCGCUUCAGAGCCGUCACGCGCAGCUACUACAGAGGAGCAGCGGGAGCGCUGAUGGUCUACGACAUCACCAGGAGAAGCACAUACAACCACCUCAGCAGCUGGCUGACCGACGCCAGGAACCUCACCAACCCCAAUACUGUCAUCAUUCUCAUAGGAAACAAAGCGGAUCUGGAAGCGCAGCGAGACGUGACGUAUGAAGAGGCUAAGCAGUUCGCCGAAGAGAACGGUCUGCUGUUCCUGGAGGCCAGCGCUAAAACAGGAGAGAAUGUGGAAGACGCGUUUCUGGAAGCAGCGAAGAAGAUCUAUCAGAACAUCCAAGACGGCAGUCUGGAUCUGAACGCGGCCGAGUCGGGCGUGCAGCACAAACCGUCGGCGCCGCAGGGAGGCCGGCUCACCAGCGAACCACAGCCGCAGAGGGAAGGGUGUGGCUGUUAAUGCCAUGACCUUCAUCCUCCUCCUCCUCCAUCACACACUCGGCCGUCCCAGAGAGGGGAGGAUCACGGCUACAUGCGCUCAUUCCCUUCUCUCUCUUCAUCUGGCCGUCCUCACUCUCUCUGGUCGGUGUUCUUACGUUCCCAUCAUCCUCUGACCGCACUAACCUCUGCUCAUCACGUCACACUUCAGUUCAGACUCUUUUUAUUGAUGCAUUUUAUAGCAACGAUGUGACGUCACAGAAACGAGACCCAUGGCUGCAUUAGGAUCGUAUUGAGAAGAUCAAAUGCGUUUCUGCUGCCGUAUGAAAGCCGAAGUGGUUUGUGACGUGUUCAAGGCUGUGAAAGUGCGCAGGAGAACCGUUCUGUUCGGGUCAGAUGCCCGUCUAACGCUCCUGCUGCUAAAGAGCACUUGGUCGAGAGUGCAGAAUAAUGCAUUGCAGUUUUAAAGGGGUGGUUGAUUGCGAUUUCACUUUUUUAAUGUUAGUUAGUGUGUAAUGUUGCUG